GAGCCUUACGCACACCCUGAUCCUCUCCACACAGAACCAGUGUGGCGCACAGACCGGCGGCAGCCCUUAGAAGUGGGAAGUUUUCGCCAAAGGAUUCUGUCUAAAAAUUAAUCACCUUCAUGUCGACUCUGUUGGAUACUAACCUGCCGAUGCUAUGGUUACCUUUAUUACGAUCUUACAGGUGAAUCUAGUGAUGUCCAUCCUGUUGUAUGUGAUGGUCCUUGUGUACCUCUAUGGUAUCCAGGCUACCAACAUGGACAGCAGUCACCAGGGGGAACAGCAGCAGCAGCAGAGUCCAGACCCUUUAAACUCCCUUAUCAUCCAGCUGCUUCAGGCUGACCUGACCAGGGGGAAGACCAGGGGGAACCAGAGCCAACAGGGGAGAAGCAGGGACACUGAGCCCCAGGACACACUGCCUCCUCUCCUCGGUGCAAACUUUCCUUUAGAGGAGCAGGGCGAUGGGGAGCAGUGGGCGACAGGGGGUCGCAGUGGCGGGAGCAGUGAGGGUAUGGUCGACCAGCAGGUGUUGUUGUUGAACUCAGACAUUCUCAGGCAGCACAAGAGGUACAACUCACCUCGGGUGCUACUGAGCGACCGGCCUCCACUGCAGCCGCCACCGCUUUACCUCGCGGACGAUUUCGUGAGCGGCGGACAGGAAGGCGGGGCCGCGGGGAACAAGACACGGAAGAAGCGUUAUGCUGAGCACAAGAGCUACCGUGGGGAAUAUUCUGUGUGCGACAGCGAGAGCCAGUGGGUGACAGAUAAAACCCAAGCAGUGGACACCAGGGGGGAUCCUGUCACUGUUCUGGCCAAAAUUAAAACCAGUGCCACGCAGGACAUCAAACAGUACUUUUAUGAGACACGCUGUCGGACCGCCAGGCCCUUCAAAGGUGGCUGCCGGGGCAUUGAUGACAAGAACUGGAACUCACAGUGCAAGACAACGCAGACAUACGUUCGAGCGCUGACACAGGUUCGCAGUUCAGUGGGCUGGAGGUGGAUACGCAUAGACACUUCGUGCGUUUGUGCAUUGUCAAGGAAACGUCAUAGGACGUAAACAAAACAAUGCAAGCCCUGCUGGGGACUAGCUGUUGGAAUUCUACUUCCUGUACAGGAUUUUAUUUCCUGUUGACAGUGCUCCCCACCACAGGAUUAUGUGUCAUGGUGGUGAAGUGCAACAUUCUGCUAUAAACUGCUACUGAAUGAAUUGUGGGUCCAUUUACAUGAUAUUUCACAUUAAUGUGCUGCAAAUCCACAAGCCGGUGCAGCACCGCUGUUACAGAAGAACUUAUUUGAGAGGGGUUGGGGAGGGAGGGAGUGAGUAUGUGAGGGGGAACUGUACAUAUAAAUUAUUUAAAUUAUAUAAAAUGCAUGUAGUUUAUACAUGUUUAUCUAUCUAUAUAUGACGUAUGAAUAUAUUUGUGUUAUUUAUUGAAAGAAGUCUUCUUCAAAAGGAAAAAAUGUCUAUAAAAGGAAUGAAACAAGCUAUGAACUCAUUUUGAGACAAUACAAUACAGAGCUGGGCUGCAAAGGUGCUUCACAGUAAGACUUUACAUGUGCCUUGACCAGUGUGGCUGUAGAGCAGAGAGACAAGACGUAGUGUCUGUCCAAUGUUUUGGAGGUGAACCUAUAACGCUGCAGGGACCUGUCCUGUCCCUGGAGAAAUAUGGGGCCCAAAUUCCCUUUAAUGGGACACAUAACUUUGUCAGACGGUACAAGGCAACCUAUGACCAAAACACAGAUUUGAGAUUUGUGACCAAACAUAUAUAUAUAUAUUUACACUGCGUUCACAAUUGACCAUGCUGUUAUGUUGUAACACACCCUAAGUUCAUUCAGUCCUCUCGGAGACCUAUUUGACAAAAUAAAAAUUUUAAUUGAUCUUGUGGAAUCUGCUGGCAGUGACUGAUAGAGACUCAAGAAAAUCCAACUGCUUGGUUUUCCUCAGACCACCUUGACUCUGUUCACCACGUUAUCAUGAGCUGUUUUUGUUUCUUCCUAUUAAUAAAAGCCUAUAUUUCUUAAAGUUGGCAGCAUUUCAUUAACAAAUAACCCUUUCAAAUUUUGAAAAAAUUAUAUGGUGAAAAAGAUUAUAUACGUAGUAAAAGCUGAUACAUUUCCUAACAAGGUUAUUAGCCAAAUAGUACUUGUUGAACAGCAGCAGCCACUGCUCUCACUCUGCUUCUGUCCUGUAUAAAAUGGAGUGGGGGAAUUUACCAGCAUCUCGUUGCUAUAUAGCUGAAUCUCUAAAAUGUCACUUUGAGAAGAAAUUUUGUUUCUGGCUUUGUGACCGUGAGAUUUUUUGUUUUUAUUAGAUUGUACAUGUACACUGGAGAGAUGGAAAUUUCACCAGAACCGUGACAGAACUCCCUCAAGUGGAGUUUUGGGGUUUUCCUACAUCAGCUGCUAAAUUAAUGUAAUACUUCAAGUUAAAUGAUGAAGUCUGUAGAUAAAAAAUGAUAUGUGUUCAUCAUAUGAUGUUUUGGUAUUUUCCGGCAAAUUGUUGAUAAAAACAAGCAUACUCAUUAUCACCAUUCCUUUAAAUGAGGAUUUUCUGCAGGUGGUGUUUCCCAGUCUUGUGUUCAGGGACUUCCAGGGAGUCCACAGUUGUGCCAGUGAGAGAAACACUGAUGGCUGAUUGGAGGUCUGAUCAAUAGUCAUUUAUUCUGCUAUCUGAUCAGAUAUUUUACACUUCACUUAUCUCACCAGUGCUCUACAGCACAGAAAGAGAACAAAUAUAUCAGACGUAACUAAAUCUUUAUCAAAUGGGGUCAGUGGUCAAAAGACGUGGAGCUGUACAAUGUACAAGAUUAGAAGUGACAAAAAGUGUGUUUAGGUGUGUGUGUGAGUCUAGAACAGCGAUACUUUAAUGUCAGAAAGUGCAGCUUAAACUCUUGGCUACUUCACAUCAUUUCAAUCACAUGGCAGACUAGACGGCAAAGAUCAAUUAUCUGCAAGACUAAUGCUGAACGGGGGCAGGAAGUAUCUAAAGAGCACUUUUAUUAUCUGAUAUUAGUUACAGUAUUUAGAGUUUGGAAAACCCAGAAUGGCAGGUUCAGAGCCAGAACCAAAGGGUAAAGUUCAAGAGCAAACUAGCCUCAGUCAUAAUGUUAUUUAUUAUUUAUUUUGUAUACAUAAAAUCAAUCAAGCCUGCAAUGUGGAACAAAGAACACAUUCUGCCUGAGAAAAGGUUUCAGAAACAUCCUAAGUGAAAAAGAAAAAUGAAUAUACAGUUUGGCUCAGAAACAAAUCUGAUUGCACACCAAGAACCUGCUGCCAUGAUAAAAAGUCACAUCUGUGACAAAAUGGUAUAAUCAUCAGAGAGAAAAGCAGGAGAUCAGCAAAAACAAAACGACAUAAAUGUAGAGAGACAGGACGGCAGAGAAAAACAGUGAAACUGAAAAAUCUAAUUAAGCAAAUCCCUAAAUGUGCAGUGAGACAGAAAGAGACCACAGGCAAUAUGACUGACAAACAUAUCAUAUGAAUCAGUCAUUAUAAAAUUCCUCAGAGGUCACUGCAGUGCACAGACAUGUGAGUGUUGAGAGUAAAGGUAUGAUGUGUAUUAAAUGGUAUGUGAGGAGACACGAAGACUUGGCCAAUCAAGAUACCGAGACGGUUUCAGUUUAUGAGCAAUAAAUAACAAAGGAUUGCUAGUGUGACAGCAACCCAUCCUGGGUUAACAUGAGCCAUGAGGUAUCAGUCAUAGCAAUAAUGAGAACUUUUAAGAACAGAUUCCACUGAGUUGUUUCAAAAUGGACUGAUUUUUAGGAAUAACAUUUUUCAAAAAAUGGAUGUACAGUGUUUGUUUACAAACACUGCCUGGGUUAGGGGACUGCAUUUUUUUCAGACAUUUUUUUCUUGUGAGUAUUGGCUUGGCAUGCAAUUGAUUGUUUUUCAACGAAUAUUUGGGUUUUAAAGGAAACAUCCACCUUUAAACACACUAACACAAUGUUGAAGAGCAUUAGUUAUUUGUGAUUGUUCUUCUACUCAUGGACCAUUGGCCAAAUAUGUGACAUCAUGUCCAGAUGUUGCAAUGAAAAGUUUGGCGGCAAAAAUGUUUCAGUGACCUAAGAGUAAGGGCUUCUUGCAAAAGCUGCAACUGUGCAUCAAUGGUUAGCAAUCCCAAUGAUUAUUUAGACACCCACAGAGCACAAAAUAGAGCAGAUAACAAUACAGCUACAGACUUGAUGAGUAAUACGUGACUCUCAUGACCAUUAAUUAAAUCUACAGCUAUAUUGAUGUUGCCAUCGUCUUCUCCAUCAACUUUCAGAUCUGAUUGCAGCAAGUUCAGAUAUGUUCUCUUAGGGCUGCUGAAAAGCACCCUGAGAAAGUAAGUCAGUAACUGAAGUGGAAGCAGUUGAAGACAUUGGAAUGUUGGUCAAGUAAAAAAGAAAAUUAUAACCCCUAAUUAGUCCCACUAAGUCCAGAAGCUCAUUCAUUUAAUACUACACCAAGCAUUAUGAACACCAUUAUCUUCCCUACAAUGACACUACUACACUAGACUACUCGUCAUAACCAUACUCUUCACACUUCUAACCAAAAACACAGAGUCCUCUUUAUGUGUCUUACUCCACAUGGGCACAUACUAUAGAUGUGAGUUAUUUUACCUUUCUGACCCAGAUUGACCCACAUGGCAAAGGAUUUGGUCACAAAUCUUGUAAUACCUAUGCAUCCACAACAGCAUCUAUAAUUUGCAGAGCAGUGCAUCUCUCAGUUGAGCUGUAAAUGUACCACAUGAUACUUUACAGUCUAUGUAAAGCUCUUAUGCAACGUUUAUUAAUUAAGUGUCUGGUCCAGGCAAUUGGUGAAAUUUUUUGCAGCUGGAUAUGAACCAAAGUCAAGCACUGGUUUCAGUCAUUCUGACACACUGAUUUUCCAUAUUUACCGAUUAAAAACAUGCUGGGAGCACUGAAUAAGAGUAUGAUUGGUUUUUUUUGGUUACAUUUAUUAAUUUUAAUUUCUGUAGCUUUAACCAAGUGUUUCAGUUGCCUAACUCAAAGGGCUGGGUUAUGCUAGAAAAUAACUUGUUUGUACGACAUGUUGUUUGACCAUGUCUGAAAUUAAAAGUGUUUGUAGUUGUUUCGAUUAGCAAACCUUAGCGGGCAGAGUGAAAUGAAGGCUGUCAUGAGUCGAGAUAAUCAUUUAGAUAUAAUGACAACAACACACAUUUUCAGUCAGUCUUCCCUUCAGGCAUUCACAGUGUUUAUCUUGGCUGUACACAUGAAAAGUGUUGGAGGUAUUUGUGAAAAGAACAAUAAAAGAGAGCUACAGAGAGAAAUUCAAACCUUUUCUCAGUUUUGCAGAAU